AGUAUAUAAUCACUGGCACCGCUCCUCCUCAAGAAUAAAUUAAAACCAGAAUAUAUUUUUUUAAUUAUUCCUUCGUUUUUCUUCCCCCCUACAUUUUGUUCCUUGAGGAGGAGGUCCACGUUCUUUCUAGUCUUUUGCCGUGUUCUGAAGCUGAAACUUUCUCUGCAAUAAUCUGUUUUGAAUUUUCAUCACUUUUCCGGUUAGGAUUUCAGUAAUAAAUCAGCUCUAAAAUUCUAGGGAGUAUAUAUACUUGUAUACAUACACGUUACGUGUAAGUUUCGUAUAUAUACUUUUCCCUUCUCCCCCAAUCUCCGCCGCACCGACUAAAUUCAGCUCUUCAUCAGCUGCAGCAGCAGCAACAGUGGCGUGCACGACGACGCCGUUUCGAUCACCGAUCUCGUCGUCCUCCGAGAAAUGGCCAAGCGCGGAUAUAAAUUGCAGGAGUUUGUGGCGCAUUCGGGGAAUGUAAAUUGUUUAAGGAUUGGGAGGAAGAACUUUCGGCAAUUUAUAACAGGUGGAGAUGAUCAAGUGGUCAAUCUUUGGUCAAUUGGCAAUCCUGCACCUUUAUCGAGUCUUUCUGGUCACUCAAGUCCAGUUGAAUCUGUAGCUUUUGAUUCUUCGGAGAUCUUGGUGGUUGCCGGAGCAUCAUCUGGUGUAAUUAAAUUGUGGGACCUUGAAGAAACAAAGAUGGUUCGCACUCUUUCUGGACACAGAUCCUAUUGCACUGCUGUGGAAUUCCAUCCAUUUGGUGAAUUUUUUGCAUCUGGUUCCAUGGACACUAAUCUAAAGAUAUGGGAUAUCAGAAAGAAAGGAUGCAUUCAUACAUAUAAGGGUCAUACUCGAGGAAUUAGCACUAUAAGGUUUACUCCUGAUGGCCGAUGGGUGGUUUCUGGUGGAUUUGAUAAUGUUGUAAAGAUAUGGGACCUGACAGCUGGAAAACUCUUGCAUGAUUUCAAGUUUCAUGAAGGACAUAUCCGAUCAAUAGACUUCCAUCCACUUGAAUUUCUUCUGGCUACAGGCUCAGCGGAUCGAACUGUUAAGUUUUGGGAUUUGGAAACUUUUGAAAUGAUUGGGUCUGCCAGGCGUGAGACUGCUGGAGUUCGAUCCAUAACGUUUCACCCUGAUGGAAGAACGCUAUUCUGUGGAUUGGAUGAUAGUUUGAAGGUGUAUUCAUGGGAGCCAGUAAUUUGUCAUGACUCUGUUGAUAUGGGAUGGUCAACACUAGGUGAUAUGUGCGUCCAUGAUGGUAAACUCUUGGGUGGUGCAUAUUUUCAGAACUCUGUUGGAGUUUGGGUAGCUGAUAUUUCGCUUAUUGAGCCAUAUGGUGGGGGUGCGAUACCUGAGCUGAAUGGCCCACCUGAGCAGAAAUAUGAAGUUCAAGAAAAUCCUUCUGAGAAAUCCGUAAGCCAUAGGAGGUCCAAUUCAAAUUUCCGCAGCAUGUCACCAGAUAUUGAUUCUAAAGACAUUAAGAAUAUCUAUGUGGAUACUGAAGCUUGUAAGCCUGUUACUUCAACAAAAGUUGGGUCUCUUAAUUCUCCAAAUGCUGUAGACCCUUCUGAACCAAAGGAGAUUACGACUUUGGCAAGUCAGAAGCAGGGCUCUGCGGUAAGGGUGCAUGCAAAGACUAAUGUGUCAGGGGAUGCCAAAUCCUUCAUUGUGCCUAUAGUGAUACCUCGUGAAUAUCCUAGUGCAAAAGAUAAGGCCGGUUCUAGAAGGGAAUCUUUUGCUAGCAGUAGGGCCAUUACUGGUACACUUAAGCCUUCCCAUAUCCGAAGGUCGUCAAAUACAAAGUCUGAUAUGGAGAAAAUCUCAACUGGAUUGGAAACCAUGUCUCUUGGCAGUAUGACGACUGCAGUGGAGACUAAAACGGAACCAAACUUCAACAGCAAGCUUGUUUGCAACAAUAAUGUGAAGGAAUUCUCUGAGGGAGAAGAUCUGAGCAUCAAGAAUGUUGGAGAGAAGCUAGAAAAAGCUACAUCGCUGACAAGACUGUCAAAUCAGGAAAAUGGUGAAAAGCCCCAGGAGUGCAACAAAGGGGUUAUUCCUAUUAGAGUUGUGAAUGGAGUGGCAGUUGUGCGAGGUAGGACACGCAGUUUGGUUGAGAGAUUUGAAAAAAGAGAGGGAUUGAGUAGUAAUGAAGCUCAAACGCCUGAGAAAGCUCCUAACUUUAGUAGCGAAGAAGCUCAAACGCCUGAGAAAGCUCCUAACUUUAGUAGCAAAGAAGCUCAAAUGCCUGAGAAUGCUCCUAACUUCAGUAGCAAAGAAGCUCAAAUGCCUGACAGAUGUCCUAGUUCAAUAACUGAGGCAGCUAAAGCAUCUUUGCAGGAUAAUAAUCCACCAAAUGCUGGAAGGGAGCCAGAUACAGAUGAUAAUCAUGCCAUUGAAGCGCUGAUGCAAAAUCAUGACGUGCUAUUAAGCACUUUUCGGUCACGCCUGACAAAGUUACAAGUGGUGCGGCAUUUUUGGGAACGCAAUGAUGUUAAAGGUGCAAUAAAUGCUAUGAUGAAGUUGCCUGAUCAUUCUGUACAAGCAGAUGUAGUCAGUGUUCUAAAGGAGAAAAUGGAGAUUAUUACCUUAGAGCUCUUCUCAUGCUUACUACCUGUGCUUUUAAGCUUACUGGAUAGCAAAAUUGAUAGGUAAGUCUAAUGGCAAAAUUUCGGCAUAAAA